UGAAAAUUCAUCACAGCUCACAAAAUAUUAAACUAAUUAAUACAAUAAGAAAAGUGCUAAUUUAACGAAAAUGGAAAUAUCCGAUUUAGUCUCCGGACGUAAAUUUCGCGAAUUCAACACAACACAAAAGGAAGAAUUAUAUGAAACUUUGUUGCAGUUAAUUGUGGCGAUCGAAGAAAUACCUAAGAAAUCCUUGCGACGCACUUUGGACGUCACUUUGGCCGUGUUGCAGUACAAGGGCCAGCAAGUGGAUGAUUUACAGUCUCAAAUUAAAGGUAUAAAGAGCGCAGUGGCAAAGAAACAAUUGAAGUAUUAA